AUGGCCGUCUUCAAAUCCACUCCUCUCACCUCCGCUUGGAGCUUCAAGCAGGUCGGCAAUGUCAACGCGCCAGAAUGGACAGAUGGCUUUCUCCCCGUAUCGCAAUUCCCUACCAAUGUACACCUCGACCUCAUCAAGCACGGGAAAAUCCCCGACCCUUAUAUUGGGCUGAACGAGUACGAUGUGCAGUGGGUGGGGGAGCAAAAAUGGCAAUACCGAACAUCUUUUUCCCCUAUGUCUUCCAGCGCAGAAGCUGGCGUCAAAUACGUUCUCCGUUUUGAAGGCUUAGACACAUUCGCAACCGUCUCCCUCAACGAGACGAUCAUUCUCGAGGCCGAUAAUAUGCAUCGGACAUACCGGGUAGAUGUCACUGAGAAGCUUCAACAAGGCACAAACACGAUGGAUAUUCUCUUUGACGUACCUUUGGUUAAAGGUCGAGAACUCAUGGAGCAGUCCAAUCAUCAUGUUGUUCAAUUCAACGGAUCGACCGAGAAAAGCCGUGUCUUUGUCAGGAAGGCCCAAUAUCACUAUGGGUGGAACUGGGGUAUCAAGUUUGUUAAUAUCGCUUUAUUCUCAACAGGGCCCGAACUGAUGACUUGUGGACCGUGGCGCCCCAUCGUGUUGGAAGAAUACUCGGCCAAAAUAUCGGACCUGUCGUCUCACGUCACUAUCAACACAGCGAAUAGGGCCGCUAGCGUCAAGGCUAUCAUUGAGACCGAAUGCUCCCUCCCAGGAGACAAGAUCAAUUUGAGAGCUUGGGGUGUAGACGGCCAGGCUCUCGGUGAGCCUAAUCUCCGGUCGCUACACGAUGAUCGUGCAGAGGUCAUUCUGGAAAUACAAGAUGCUCAAUUCUGGUGGCCUGUCGGCUAUGGAAGUCAACCAUUAUACACUCUGACUGCAGAUUUGAUUCGAAAUGAAAUAGUAGUUUUUUCGAUCUCAAAGAAGAUCGGACUGCGGGAAGCAAAGCUUGUCAGGCAACCAUUCAAAGAUGCUCCUGGAGAAACUUUUUUCAUUGCGAUAAAUGGAGUGUCGAUCUAUUCCAACGGCUCAAACUGGUGUCCAGCAGACCAUUUCGUGCCUAGGGUCACUCCUGAGCGCUACCGCACCCAGCUCAAACUGCUAGCUCAAGGCAAUCAAAACACGAUUCGUGUGUGGGCAGGUGGUGUAUUCGAAGAGGAUAUCUUUUACGACAUCUGCGACGAACUCGGCAUUCUCGUAUGGCAAGACUUCAUGUUCGCAUGCGCUGCAUAUCCGGUACAUGAGAGUUUCAUCCAAAAUAUAACUGCAGAGGUGGAUGAUAAUGUUCGUCGUCUGCGUCAUCACCCUUGUAUCGUUGCAUGGAAUGGCAAUAAUGAAGACUAUCUCUUUGCGGAACUCUUCAAGACAAACUAUGACCCAAAAGAUACCAAUCCAGAGAAUUGGCUUAAUUCAACAUUCCCAGCUCGCUAUAUAUAUGAGGUGGUCUUGCCUGGCCUUUGCCAAACGUUGCUCCCUGGUUCCAACUACCACCCCGGAUCUCCGUGGGGAGGAGCUUCUUUUAAUGAUGCCACCGUUGGAGACACCCAUCGAUGGGAAGUGUGGCACUACCUUCUUCCAUGGCAAAAGUACCCCGAACUGAAGAGUCGUUUUAUAUCCGAGUUUGGAAUGGCCUCCCUUCCACACAUCAAAACUAUUGACUCUUAUCUGAUCGAUUCACCAGCUUUCGAGAGACACCCCCACUCUCGUACUGUUGACGAGCAUAACAAAGAGCACCAGCACGAGCGCAAACUAGCGACAUAUCUGGUCGAGAAUUUCCGCUAUACGUACGAUCUCGAGGAAUACAUUUACAUAUCUCAGUUGAACCAAGCAGAGGCUUUGACAUGCGCUCUCCGGUCGUGGCGUAGAGAAUGGCAGGGCGAAGGGAAAGAGUAUUGCGGUGGAGCUUUAAUCUGGCAGCUGAACAGCACUUGGCAAGUGACCUCAAAGGCGCUCAUCGAUUGGUUUAAUCGCCCCAAAAUGGCAUAUUAUACCGUGAAACGGGACAUGGCCCCUAUCACCUUGGGUAUAAAACGCGAUCAAACCAAAUCUCCUAAAUUCAAGUACACGCGUGCUUUCAUCGAUAAAGUGACAGUAGUUGAGGCUUGGGCGACAAACCUUACACUUGAACUGGCGGGUUUCAUCCUCUCUCUGCAAGUUUUCGAACUCCCAAGCGGCAAAGAGAUCUUCUCGAAGGAAGAGCCUUGCGAGCUGCCACCUAAUCAAUCUUUGGAGAUCUUUCAUGAGAGCUUGUCCGGCUUGGUAACAGACUCUCAAAAGCAAGAUAGGCCACUUGUUGUUUCGGCACGACUGAUUGAUCCAUCCACCAAGAACGUUGUUGCCCGAUGCACAAAUUGGCCCCAGCCAUAUCGCUACCUUGAUAUCCCCACGCCCUUGUUGACUAUUCGGGUUGAAAACGAUCAAAUUUUCGUCAGUACCGAAGAUGUCCCUGUGAAAGGGUUGUGGCUGUACGUGGAAGAUGUGGACACUGUCGAGUUUAGUGACAACUGCAUUGACCUUAUCCCGGGUGACGAGCAAAUCAUCACCACUCGAGGUUUAGACAAGAGCAAAGUUUCAGCCAGAUACUAUGGGAUGAAGAUUUGA